UUUCCCUCAUAAAAAAACCUCUAAAAGCUACUCCAAAACAACGCCUCUUUCAUAUUACUUCUCUUUCUCUGUCUGUAUCUGUUGAAGUCUGAACAACUUUUCUCAAUUUUCCUCAAAAACAUUUGAAAACUUCCAAACUUGAAUUUUCAUUUUUCAAUCCAAAUCCCAAACCCGACUCUCAUAAAAAGCAGCAAAAACCCAGCAUCUUCUCAUUUUCUUACAACCCUUUUCUCAACUUUUCAUGCAAAACAAAACAUAAACAACUAAGCCUUGUCUGUCACCAACAAAAGCUUAAGUUUUUUUCUUUUUUGUCAUACUUUUUAACGUUAUUCAUGACAAUAAAUUUCAUUACUAGGCUAAGAUCACGCCGGGUGGUUCAAGACCAACUGGAAGGUGCAAACCAAGUGGCGGUUGGCGGUGGUUGCUGCUGGGCCAACCUGCCGCAGGAACUAUUAAGGGAAGUUUUGUUAAGGAUUGAAGACUCUGAAACUAGUUGGCCUCAAAGGAAGAACGUCGUAGCUUGUGCUGGUGUUUGCAGGAGUUGGAGGAUUAUCAUUAAAGAGAUUGUUAAAGUUCCUGAACUUUCAGGAAAAUUAACUUUUCCCAUCUCAGUUAAACAGCCUGGUCCAAAGGAUUGUCUCCUCCAGUGCUUUAUAAAGCGGAAUCGAUCUACCCAAACAUAUCAUCUAUACCUUGGGUUAACUAAUGCACUAACCGAUGAUGGAAAGUUCCUUCUUGCUGCUCGCAAGUGUAGGCGUCCUACUUGCACAGAUUAUAUCAUCUCUUUACGGGCUGAGGAUAUGUCAAGGGGGAGCAGUACUUAUGUUGGGAAAUUGAGAUCAAAUUUUUUAGGGACCAAGUUCACUGUCUUUGAUGGACAGCCACCUCAUGCUGGUGCAAAGAUGACUAAAAGUCGCUCCUCUAGGCUAGCAAAUUUGAAACAAGUUUCACCUAGAGCCCCUUUCGGCAACUUCCCCAUGGCUCACAUUUCAUAUGAAUUGAAUAUGUUAGGUUCAAGGGGUCCACGGAGAAUGCAGUGUAUUAUGGAUACCAUCCCUGCCACUUCGAUAGGACCAGGAGGAGUAGCUCCCACCCAGGCUGAGUUCACUCUCAGCAAUAGGGACAUAUUUCCAUCAAUCUCAAUCUUUCAUUCAAAAUCAACUAGAAUGGAGAAUUUUCUAUCGGGACCUUUGUCUGGUCAAAAGGAUGGUGCAUUGGUGUUGAGAAAUAAGGCUCCAAGGUGGCAUGAGCAACUCCAAUGUUGGUGCUUGAAUUUCCAUGGACGAGUUACAGUUGCUUCGGUGAAAAACUUUCAGUUGGUGGCUUCUCCAGAAAAUGGACCAUCUGGGCCAGAACAUAAGAUUAUCCUCCAGUUUGGAAAAGUGGGGAAGGAUUUGUUUACCAUGGAUUACCGGUAUCCAAUUUCUGCAUUCCAAGCAUUUGCUAUCUGCCUCAGCAGCUUUGACACUAAGAUUGCUUGUGAGUAAAUGAUGCAUGAUUGUGAAAAGGAAUUUAUGAAUAUUGUUGCGAUAAGAUGAAAGGCGAAGGAGAUGCAAGUGCUGGGGAUUGAAGUGGAAGAAAGCUGCUAAUUAUCUCAAGGCUUGAACUUGUCAGCUCGGAUUUUAUAGGGAGUUAGUACAGUGUAACUUGGUGACCAAGUUCUAUUUAUCUUCUUCAGUAAUGUACAUAUAAUAACUUUUUUUAUGAGGAUCUUCCUUUGCUCAUGUUAUUAUUCAACUAAUUUGUAUUUGUCUUGGAAAAGCCUCUGAGUUUUGAGUACAUCAUGCAGUACAGCCCACUCCACAACCACUGCCAUAUCCUUUUCAGACUAUUAUGAAAACUAAAG